ACACAAAUGCCACUGAUUCAUCACUCCGACAAAUUUGCUAACUCUCCGUAGAUCUAUCAUACGCUCCUCCAUUAUUCACUCUCUGUCUCUUCGAUUCUUAGAAUCUCUUAAACCUUCCGAAUCCCUCUUUCCUUUUUUUUUCCCCAGUUCAAUCCUCUGUAACAAUUCUACUAUUUAAUAAAGGAGAUUCGGUACUCCUACUCCUAUUGUAUAAAUAUAUAAUAUAAGUUACCUUUAUCUAAGAAUUGGAACAGUAAUUUGCCCCUUUUUUUGUGAACCCCAAAGUUACUGAUCUAGGGUUUCUCAGUGUGCAAAAUAAUGGCGAGCUCAUACUCUACUCCAAUCGGUGCCACUCAGGUUGGUUCCUACUUUGUUCAACAGUACUAUCAGGUUCUUCAGCAGCAACCGGACUAUGUUCAUCAGUUUUAUACUGAUGCCAGCUCUAUUGUUCGAGUUGAUGGUGAUUCCAACGAAUCGGCUUCUGCCCUUGUGCAAAUCCAUACUCUAAUCAUGUCAAUGAGUUUCUCUGGAAUUAAGAUCAAGACGAUAAAUUCUCUUGAAUCUUGGAAUGGUGGUGUUCUUGUUGUGGCCUCUGGUUCUGUCAAGCUGAGGGAUAUCAAUGGAUGGAGGGACUUUGUGCAAACAUUUUUACUUGCACCUCAGGAGAAGGGUUACUUUGUUCUGAAUGAUGUCUUUCAUUUUGUUAAUGAGGAGCAGAGUGAAGUAAUUCAAGCACCAGUAGGUUCACAGAACAAUCUUGAUGCUCAACCAACUUCUUCCAAUCCUCUUGCAGAGCCACCAGCAGCCCAUGACUAUGCCUUAGAAGUGGAGGCGACUGAAUAUGUAAAUUCAGUUAAUAUACAAGGAAAUGAUGCUGUUGAAGAGUACAGUUAUCCAGAACAUGAUCAGGAAAACCUAUAUGAGGCUGAGGCUGAGGCUGAGGCUGAGUAUGAGUCUGAUGAGUAUGAGCAUGACGAGGCAGAGCUUGAGGCUGAUGUACCAGAGGAGACUCAUUUGGGGGAAGAAACUACUCAAGUAAGGUCAUUCGAAGAAGAGACUUCUUUUCCAAGUAAUGUGGUUGAGGUCGUGCCAGAGCCUGAGCCUGCUGCAGAAGAACCUGUUGGAGAGCCUUCAAAGCUUAGUUAUGCUUCUAUUUUAAGAGCUCCAAAAGGACCUGCACCAUCAGUUCGUAUCCAGCCAUCUUAUACCAAGAGCGCACCAUCUGUCUCGGAGUGGCAAGCUCCUGUUGAGCAGCCAAUCUCCAUGCCCCCAGCUGCGCCAGAAGCCAGCCUUGACCUAGCAGAUGAAGGAUUUUCUCAAGAAGGGGAAUCAAAGUCUGUCUACGUGAGGAAUUUGCCAUCUACUGUAUCUUCGCUCGAUAUUUUGCAAGAGUUUAAGAACUUCGGGAAGAUCAAGCAAGAUGGAGUAUUCUUAAGAAACCGCAAGCAGGAUGUUGGCAUUUGCUAUGCCUUUGUUGAGUUUGAAGAAGUCCAAGGUGUCCAAAAUGCGAUCAAGGCAUCACCAAUACACUUAGCUGGAAGGCAAGUCUACAUUGAGGAAAGGAGACCAACAAGCAGUAGCAUUUCUCGUGGAGGAAGAUCAGGAAGGGGAAGAGGCAGAGGAGGUCGUUCUGCUGGGCGAACUUUUGGCAGGGGAAGCACUCCUGAUGAUAGAGUGAAGAGCAAUGGCUACCGUGGUAUAUGAUGAUACUAGAGUAUCAAAGGCCAAACUUGCAAACUAUGUGAUUCUGCAGAUGAGGAUCAAUAAGAAGCAUGGUUACUAGAUAGCCUUUAUAUUUUUGAUUGUAUUGUCUUCUUUAUGGAAGGGAUUAUAAUUGCUGGUUCUCUCCCCCCCCCCCCUACCCCCGAGUGUUUUGAGAGAGAUUUUCCCCAUCUUUCUCCUGUAGUUAAAGGUGUGUUAGUAUUCUGCUUUUACUUCCUUUUUGUCCUGCAAUUCUAGAGGCAGUACUUGUAACUUUGGAGAGUGAUGCCAAGGGUGAGAAUAUAGUGAUAUUUUGCACUCACCUUCUUAAAAUCUUAUAUCGGUCUGACCA